GGUGCAAGAACGAGCGUCAGCGCUCGAGCGCCAGUUUCUCUCAGGAGCGGGCGGGGGGAGGUUGUCUCUUCAAAAGACAGGGCAAAAGGGAUUUCAGACGUUAUUUCCACCCCAUUUCAGCUUCGAUAGAAAAGGCUUUGCGCCAAGUCGGGAGUUACCGCUAGAUUUUUUUUCGCUUCCUCACGGCGCCCGCUCCUCGGAGGUGGCGGGGUCUACCAAACGCAUGCGCGGGAGCGCGAGCGCCAGCAGUUGUUGUUGGAGGCGGUGGGGGUUUGUGCGCAUGCGCGCCGCCGUCCGAGGGAAGGAGUGAGUGAUUACCGGGCGCCCAGAUCCCUCCCUAACCCUUCAGUCCCCGGCAACUCAGGCGGCCCGGUGACCGUGAGAUGAAUCACAAAACCGGGCCGCUCACUGGGGACGAUGAUGACGACGGCGGCGGCGGCGACGACGAGCCAGGGAAGCCCGGUGAAGACCUACGAUUACCUGCUCAAGUUCCUGCUGGUAGGCGACAGCGACGUGGGCAAGGGAGAGAUCCUGGAGAGUUUGCAGGACGGGGCCAGCGAGUCCCCCUACGCCUACAGCAACGGAAUUGACUACAAGACCACUACAAUCCUGCUGGAUGGCAGGCGUGUAAAGCUAGAGCUCUGGGACACUUCAGGUCAGGGGAGGUUUUGCACAAUCUUUAGAUCCUAUUCCAGAGGUGCACAGGGUAUACUCUUAGUUUAUGACAUCACUAAUCGAUGGUCCUUUGAUGGAAUUGACCGCUGGAUCAAGGAGAUCGAUGAGCACGCUCCUGGUGUACCGAGAAUUUUGGUUGGUAACAGGUUACAUCUUGCCUUCAAGAGGCAGGUUCCCACUGAACAGGCACGAGCCUAUGCUGAAAAAAAUGGGAUGACAUUCUUUGAAGUCAGUCCACUCUGCAACUUCAAUGUAACUGAGUCAUUCACCGAGCUCUCUCGGAUUGUGCUGAUGCGACAUGGCAUGGAAAGGUUCUGGAAACCAAACAGAGUCUUCACACUGCAAGACCUUUGUUGCCGAGCCAUUGUUUCUUGUACACCUGUUCACCUUAUUGACAAAUUACCACUACCUGUUGCCAUAAAAAGUCACCUCAAGUCUUUCUCCAUGGCCAAUGGGAUGAAUGCUGUCAUGAUGCAUGGCCGUUCGUACUCAUUAGCUUCAAGCAGUGGUGGAACCAAGGGCAACAGUUUGAAGAGGUCAACCAAACCCCCCCGUCCACCACAGAGUCCACCUCAGAGUUGCACACGCACUAACUGCAAAAUCUCUUAGCGAAAAUGUUUUGUUUCAAGCUCUCUCGUUUGGCAAGAACUUUGUCAGCUGGUCAAGCUUGAAACCUGAACUCCUAUGGAACAGUUCUUGCAGCUUCUUACUGGACCAAAUGAAGAAGUGUUCUACAUUUUUCAAAGGAAUUUUUCCCUCAUUGAUCAAUGAGUAAACACGCUAGUUGAAACGGGCACUCGUUACAUUUUGUUUUGACAAUUUGCACUGAAAUUUCGAACUAGUGUUGUAAGGAGGCUUGCAGGUGCCACUGUUAAUAAAGGGACAAGCAGUUUUUUUUUAAGGAAGGUGGUACUGGCAUGUUUACAUGGCUUUGAUCAGAACUUAAUUCUUUACCUUUGUCCUCAUGACUAAUAUAUUAUUGCUGUGUGGUGGAAAGAAGAAUCUCUGGGAAUUGAACCAGUACAAAUGCAAAGAAUGCUCUUGCUAUUAUAAUUCUACUAGCAUCACUAAACUUCCGUGCCUUUUUAAUAUUAUAGACUAUAUCUAGCCUGCAACGGCCUGCAUGUGGCCUUUCAUACCUUAACCAUGCCUUGCAUCUUUAAAUUGUAAAGACCAGGACAACUCUUAAGACCGAUGGUUGACUGCCAAGGUCAUAAGUUUUCCACAAUUCUUACUACAAAUUAAUAAUAUGUAUUACUAUUUAAUUUAUAUGUUAUAGACAACUUGUAAUAUUUUUUCUGUCAUAAUGUAUGAUACCAUCAUUGAUUUUAGUGGUUGUUUAUCUGUCUUCCACAUUAGCGAAGGUUGUGGUGAUCUUGGUUCAAGUGAUGGGGAUUUCAUCUCCAUCUCCAACUUCUGGACAAAUCAAGUAUGCUGUCUUUUUUUUUCAGCUACAUUAAAACAAACUGUCAAGUCAACAACAAAAACAUCUCCAGGUGAAACUGAAGUCUAAGUGAAAAUCAGCUGAGCAGAAAACUUUAGAUUUGAUCUUGUCAUGUCCUUUCAGGUCGUUUAGAAAAAAAGGUUUAUAGCAAUGGUUUUAACAACAUUUGUAGUAUGCCAGGAGCACCCUAUCACUUUUCUCUCACCUCUUUUCCCCCUUUCUAACAAAAGAUAGUAAAUAGAUCUGAUUCCCUGUUUGUAAGUAAUUACUAUAGUAUUUCUCUUCUUUCUAUAAGAAUCUUUGCAUUUUGGCCAAUAAUUAUGACAGCUUUCCCCAAUUGUCAAAAGUAAGCUGACAAAAUGGAAAGAAUGCAUAGGAGAGACCUAAAGUAACACUGAGGAUAGGCCACCUUCUGCACCUGAACUGGAUAAUAGUUGCAGCAUCACCUAGUCUUUCUGAGAAAAAAGGGAACAAUUGAAGUAAGAUGUUUAAUUAUGUAAAACACUAUUUCACAUUUAUUAUAGCUGCUGUGACAUUUGAGAAUGAUUUUGUUUUAUUGGCAUUUUUCUUUGUACAGUUUCAAUGUUCAACUGUGAAAUACAUUUUUUUGCAAAAUAA